AUGUAUUGCUGUAGUGCACAAGAAAGCAAAAUGGACUAUAAGCGGCGCUUUUUGCUUGGCGGGUCCAAGCAAAAAGUGCAGCAACACCAGCAGUAUCAAAUGCCUGAGCUAGGCAGGACCCUGAGCGCACCGCUGGCAUCUACAACCCCAGCAUCCCCUUUGGUCUCCUCAGCUGCUGCGGGCAGCUGCAACCACCCUGUAUCCCAUACUACUCCGAUUGCAGACAUCCAGCAGGGAAUCUCCAAAUAUCUGGAUGCACUCAACGUGUUUUGCCGUACGAGCACUUUCCUUACAGACCUUUUCAGCAGUGUAUUUAGGAACUCUCACUAUUCUAAGGCAGCUAUGCAACUGAAAGACGUGCAGGAACAUGUCAUGGAAGCAGCGAGUCGACUCACAGCAGCAAUAAAACCAGAAAUAGCAAAAAUGCUGAUGGAACUGAGUGCAGGCGCUGCGAACUUUAAAGAUCAAAAAGAAUUCAGCCUACAAGACAUUGAGGUGCUUGGGCGAUGUUUCUUGACAGUGAUGCAGGUCCACUUUCAGUUCCUGUCACAAGCUUUGCAGAAGGUCCAGCCAGUGGCACACUCUUGCUUUGCUGAAGCUGUAGGCCAGGAAAGAAAGAGUGUUAGUGGGGCCGGAGCCUCAAAUUUAAGCCCCACAAAUGAGCUGGAAGAUGCAAUAAGAUCAUGGAGAGGAGCAGCAGAGGCAACAUCUCGAUUGCGAGAAAGAGGCUGUGAUGGAUGUUUGGCAGGAAUUGAAGUUCAACAACUUUUCUGCUCACAGAGUGUGGCAAUCCCUGAACAUCAGCUCAAAGAGCUAAACAUGAAAAUUGAUAGUGCUUUGCAGGCUUACAAAGUGGCUUUGGAGAGCCUAGGCCAUUGUGAAUAUGCAAUGAAAGCUGGCUUCCACUUGAACCCAAAAGCUAUUGAAGCAAGUCUUCAGGGCUGUUGCAGUGAAGCUGAAGCCCAGCAAACAGGAAGGAGACAGACUCCACCGCAGCCAAUUCAGUGUGAACUGCCCACUGUACCUGUUCAGAUAGGAUCACAUUUUCUGAAAGGGAUAUCCUUUAAUGAGUCUGCAGCAGAAAACCUGAAACUGAAAACGCACACGAUGCUGCAGUUAAUUAAAGAAGCUGGAUGCCAUAAUGGACUUACACCACGAGAUGACUCUCCUGUUACUGAAGUACUAAAUCAGGUUUGCCCUUCGACUUGGCGAGGAGCCUGCAAAACUGCUGUACAAUUGUUAUUUGGCCAAGCUGGACUGGUGGUUGUGGACACAGCACAGAUUGAAAAUAAAGAAGCCUACGCUCCUCAGAUAAGUUUAGAAGGAUCCAGAAUUGUGGUGCAAGUUCCAUCAACUUGGUGUUUGAAGGAAGAUCCAGCAACGAUGUCUUUGCUACAGAGGAGUCUGGAUCCAGAGAAGACUUUGGGUCUAGUAGACGUGCUCUAUACUGCUGUGUUUGACAUACACAGGUGGAAGGAGGGAAGGGAGCAAGCUUUGCCUUGUAUUCAGAUCCAGUUACAGCGUGAAAUCUCAGACUUUGGGAAUCAAGUUGACAUGCCAUCUGGAAAUGGAAGCAAAUCUUCAGGUGGUCUACAGAAGACGUUCUCAAAACUGACUUCACGGUUUACAAAAAAAACUUCCUGCACCAGUACAAGUAAUAGUGGAAGUUAUUCAAUUCCCAAUACACCUUCCAAAAAUAUCUUCAUAAGUUCGAACUCAGAGGAGAAGACUAAAAUGCCCACUAACAUAGAUGCACGGUUACAAAGCAUUUUAAACAUCGGUAACUUUCCUAGGACCACAGAUUCAUUACAGUCAAUUCAGAGCACAAAUAAUCAAAUAGUGAAUGGGUUUCUAGUUGAAAGACGGGACAACUUCUUCAAACCAGAUGAAGGAAAGGAUGACAAAGGUAUGAAUUUACCAACUGACCAAGAAAUGCAGGAUGUUAUAGAUUUUUUGUCUGGUUUUAACAUGGGCAAAUCCCAGCAAGCUUCUCCGAUGGUGAAAAGAAGGAACUCUGUUGCAUCCUCUACAGGAACAGAGCAAAAAUCAGGAACAGUACAACAGCAGCCACAGUCUCUCUCACACACACCACUGCAUCCUUCUCAGCAAGGCUUGUCACAGCAACAGCAGUCACAAAAGCAGCAGCAGCAAAUGCAGUAUUACCAACAUUUGCUUCAACCUAUUGGACCACAACAACGUGCACCUACCAAAUGGCUGACUAAUUCUUCACAGCAGCCAGCCCAAGCUGUUGGAGCUGGAUUGUCUCAUAUGAACCAGUGGAACAAUCCUGGUUUUUCAGAUUUAAGCUCUGAUUUAUACAGUUUGGGUCUUGUGAGCAGCUAUAUGGACAAUAUGAUGUCAGAGAUGUUAGGACAGAAACCACAAGGACCUAGAAACAAUACGUGGCCAAAUCGUGACCAAACUGAUGGAGUGUUUGGGAUGCUGGGAGAAAUUCUACCUUUUGACCCUGCAGUGGGGUCUGAUCCAGAAUUUGCCCGCUAUGUUGCUGGGGUCAACCAGGCUAUGCAACAAAAAAGGCAAGCACAGCAUGUUCGUCGUCCAAGCAACACACGUAGCAACUGGCCUCUUCCUGAUGAUCCUCACAAAACCUGGCCCUUUCCUGAGUAUUUCACAGAAAGUGAUGUGACAAACAGCUGGUCUGGUACUCAAGGAGAUUCCGCCAGCUCAAGUGAUGAGACCUCUUCCGCCAAUGGAGACAGCUUGUUCUCCAUGUUCUCAGGGCCAGACCUUGUUGCUGCUGUAAAGCAGAGAAGAAAACAUAGUAGUGGCGAACAGGAACCUAGUACGCUACCAUCGCCACCUCUUCUUUCUGCAGCAGACGACCGUAAUCAGGAUAAUAAAACCAAAACCUGGCCUCCAAAGGCACCCUGGCAGCAUGCGUCCUCUGUCACGAAUACACUACCCAGUCAGAGUGCGUCUUUGUAUCCCAUGAGCAGCCCGGUCAGCCAGUGGAGUGACACAAUGCAGAUCCUCCAGUCACCUGUGUGGGCAGCAGCCAACGACUGCGCUCCAGCAACAGGAAUUUCCUCUAGCUUUGCCUAUGCGCAGCAACAGCAAUCGCAGCAACAGGCUUCCCAGCACAAACAGAUAAAUAAGGGCUUUAAAUCUUUUCCAGUAAAGCACGAACGCAGACCAUCUUACCUGCAUCAGUACUAAAUGCUUUUCAUAUUGGAAAAUGCAGCACAGGGCCAAACAGUCAUAAACUACGUAUCCUUUGUUUCAUAACUGUGUAUUGGCUAGAUCCUGUUUAUCUCAUUAAAUAUGGAAUUGAGAGGGCUUGGGGGCCAGGGGUUGGGGGGAGGAUCUACAAACUCUUGAAUCUUAUUUGCAGUGCUGAGCAAUAUGGCCAAUAUGUUUGUUUGAUGUACAUGGAACAGCCCAAAACUGUGAUUUAGAAAUGCUUUUAAAAAUGUGUAUAUUGCCUUUACUUUCAAAAGCUUUUUUUAAAUAACUGCUGAAGGACUACCAUACAAGAAACACUGUAUUUUAUAGCUAUUUUCAUAUAGAUUUAUAGUUAAACAUCUUACUGAAACACAUUGAAGCAAAUAUAUAGUGGUCACUUUGCUCAACACUGUGUUUAAAUUUAUAAUGGACAAGCUGUAAAACCUUUGUAUUCUCCAUAAAUGGCCUUUGGGCAACUUUUUUUUUUUUUUAAUGAAGUACAACAGCAGCUUUUCACGUGCCACACAAGUGAGUUCAUUAUGAAACUGUUGCAGAAACAGUUGCGAAAUUGAGUUUUGUGGUAGUUUCCUUACUCUAAGUAUAGAUCAACCGAACCACUCAAAUUUGUGUCACAACUAUAAUCUGAGCUGCUUAAAGUAGAUGGCAUCUGUGUGGAUAACGUGACACUGGUUUUCAAAUACAUAGAUAACUUGUUACUGUUUCAUUUGGCCAAAGGCUUUAUCCACACAGUGCUCCUUAAAUGUGUGAAAUUAUAGCCUAAAAGACUACUUGCAUAUAUUUAAAGUCUUAUUUCAGAUGCUACAGUUGAUUAAAAAAUAAUAAUUAAAAAAAUAAAAAAAAAAAUUGUGAGCUGGCUCAGAAGAUACUAGAACUGAAAUGUGGGGUAGCAGUUAGCUAAAAGAACAUUAUUUUUUUUAAAAGGAUAUAGUAAUUAUUUGCAGUCAAUAUGUGCCAUUAAGUGAACCUGUGGAAUUGGGAAUAAUCUUCCAACCAAAGUGGAUCUGGGAGUGACUGGUGCUUAAAAAGUGAAGAACAAUGGUAAAUAUAUGUAUAGCUAUCCCACUGUAUAUUAACUGAGAUUACAGAAGAUUCUUUAUAUAGUUAGAGCUUAUUUAAAUUUUCAUAUUUCAUCUUUGAAAGAGUCUAAAAACCACAAUAUUUUCUGGUAUAAGAGUUUUGACAGUAUUAAUCUUAUUUUUGUAUUUUUCUUAAGUCAUAUCAUUCUAAUAUGUUAACUACUAGUAAAAUGGGUUAUUAGUUCUAACUACAUAAUUUUUCAAUGAAGAGAAAGCACAUUUGUUGUUUUUGUUUUUACAAACUAAGUACAUCUAUAUCUAAAGAUACCAAAAAAUACAUAUAUAUAUAUAUAAAUAGGUAUACACAACACUAAAACUAUUAAACAUGUGGGUAUUUAAGACCCAUCCACCUUUUUGUUUGUAUGGUGACGGGCUAUAUUUGCAGGCCCAGAUUGUUACCUUUUUGUGCUGUUUGAGGAUGCCAAUGUUGCCUGUAUUUAUGAUAUUGUCACCAUGUUUUCUGAAACUUCAUACUUACCAUGUUUACAAAGAUUUGUUUGCUGUACAUAGACUUUUUACAGUAAUGUGCUUUGCACAAUCAGUGUGGCUUGUCUGUAAAUUGUUAAUGGUCUGUACUACUAUAAUUUUGAAAACCUUCUGCUGAAAAUGUUAGUGGUUAUUUAACUUGAUGAAUGGUUUUGAGUUUACUAAAUCUUGUCAUUUAGAUCUAAUAUUAAAUCCUAAAUUUGGUUGUACUUACUGGUUAUUCAUACUAAGACCAAAAUGGAAGUUACUGAAAACACUUAAUUUUGAACUUUUCCUAACAAGUGCCAAAAAUUACUGCUCUAAUUUUUGCAGCUGAUUCAUAUAUACAAAUGCUGGCAGGUUUCUGGACCUACAGAAGUGAACUGAGGAAACUAAGUUUGUCUGCAUUUUGACCACGUAGGUGCUACUAUGUCCUUUGCUUCCGAUUGUUCUGAACACUGGUAACUUUAAGAAUUGUUGCACUUGGCAUAUGAGUCUUGCCAUUAAAUUUCACUUACACUGCCAAGUGCAAGGGUUUGGUGCUUAGUUAACUUACCCUUAUUGCAGUGCUUCUUGUGAAUAGCUAAUGCUUCUGAACUGGAACUGUACAUUUUGUAUUUUAAAGCUUAUGUAAAAGUAAACUAUUUGCUUUAUUAAAGAUAUACAUUUAAUAGGUCAUACCUGUUUAAAAUAUGCACCUUACUGAAAAUAAGCAGCACCUUAAACUGUAACUUUGGUUUGUAAACCAAGAUCUUACCUUCCUUAGUAUGGGGUUAUUUAGCAGUUUGGAAGUUGUCAACUGCCUACUUACUGAUGCAUAAAAAAAAGAACUUCAUGCACUGUACAAUCUGAACCAUCUUUAAAGCUAUUCUUUUACACAGACUGCGCUGAAGUGCAUGAUUUAGAGAAGGCCUUAGCGUUAUCUUUGAACUAGGGCAGAGAAACAUUGCUAAAACUUCAAGUUGCUUGUUUCUGGCAAGGUAAAUAUUUUUGGUGGUAGUGAGUGCAGAGUUA